AUGCUACAUAUCCAAAUAGCUGUACUGUACUCCCUAUCAGUCGCGUCUUAUUUCUACAUUACUGUCAGAUUCAUGUCCUGGGCUGUCAACUACUACCGGAUUAUGACGAUCAAACCGCCACCAGGGGGCUACGACGAUGACGAGGGUUGUUCUCUCUGUUCGUACUGCCGCGGCUACAUGGACGAGACACCAGAGAAGCAUUACAGGACCUCGUUUGGACCGAGAUCCGGCACCGUUGUGCGAGGAUGGCCAAGCCACGGCGGAUUAUUUUUUCUAGGCGACUGCGUCGGCGUGGACCUCGACUUUCUUCAGCUCGACCGUUUCGAAGCCGCGUUGAGAUCGGAAGACCAGGCGGAGGAAGAUGCCCACUGCAAAAGGAUGCGCAUGCUUGGCGCAGUGUGGUCUGAGAGCGAAUAUCCCCGCGAACUAGAAGAUCCUUUCAACUUUGGGGAUUACCCAAUUAACUCCCGACGAAGCGAUCUCGUUAUUGCCGGGUAUCCAGCAGCAGGAGGCGUUUGGGUUCUCCGGACUUUUGAAGCGGACGGUCUGAAAAAGGGACUCGGUCGGAUCAAGAACGCCAAGGACAUGCAAGAGAGGUACAGUUUCAUCCAGAAACUCGGUGGAGCUUUUUACGACAACCCGCUGGAUUCUCCUGAGCUGAAUCUUGGACGUGAAUUCCGGGGUCCGAAGAGGAAAGGUAUUGUGGUACACCAGAUGAUACGCCAGACGGUUCCAGAGGAGUUGGAAUUGGAGCUGCGCUCAAGGUCGAUGGAAAUCAAAGUAGGUGAUGAGAUAUGA